AUGAAUGAGGGUGGAAAGAGGCAAGCCAUUGAUGCUCUGGAGGCGUUGGAGCCACAAAACUCCACCAAUAUUUGGGCAGGUCUGGAAGCUGGUCUUGAAUCUCUUCGCACUGCUCGUGCUUCUCCACGACGUCGAGCUGCUGCUGUGCCUGUAGCUGAUAAUUAUUAUGCUGGUAACUGUGGAGGUUGCUUCAGUGGGGAAUGUGUUGUGCAAUGCAAAGAACAAGAUGGAAUGGUCAGAGAGAAACAGCUCUCUCAGGUUCGUUCUGGCGAUUGUUUGCAAGUCGUUGAUGCUGCUGGUCAUGUUGGUUUUUCUCCCGUCCUCUGCUUGGUAGAAUUUCAAGGACGCUUUGAUUUGCUUGUUUUGCCUUUUUCCCGUUUGGCUCUCACACUGACGCAUCCUCUUCGAAUGCAAGGUUCUUUCGUUCGACCUUGCGAUCUGUCAUUCCCUAUGAAUGAUGAUCUGGCUGCUCAUCAUACUGAGAUGCCUUCCUCUUUGAUCGUGGAUCGUGUUUUCAAUGUGGUCUUGCAGCAUUCUCAUGUUUUGCUUUGCAUCAAUGGCAUGGAAGCGGUUACGUUGGGUCAUGGAUUUAUGCAGGCCUUUCAUCCGUUUUAUUCAACGAAACAAGUGUUGACGACGUUAGAACAAAGACUAGGGUGGAAAGAAGGUCAUGUCAUCGUGGCUCCUCAUCAUCCUUUGCGAAAUCAACAUGAAUAUUAAAAUUCAAAAACCCAAUUUGGGUGGGGCAGAUGGCUGCUCUUUCUCUCCGAGUGUUUUUGUUGUUUUUUUUAUGUGAGAAUGACAUUAUUAUUGUGUUUCUUUUGUUUUAAUGGUUUCCAUUUGCUUUUGGUUCAAAGGCUUGAAUACUUGUGAUGGCUUUGCCCAAGAUCAAGGCGUGAAUGUUCAGUGUGACAAAAGGAAAAAAUAAAAAAGAGAAAGAUAUGAAAAAAAAUUGUUUAAUAAUAAUCAUAAUAAUAAUUAAUAUAAUGAACAAAAAUAACAAAAACAAAGAAAAUAAGCAUUGCACAAUCCAUCACAAGAAAAAAUAAAAAUAACAAAUAACAAAUAAAACGAACAAGCCAUCGUUGUUGAUUCGGUAUUGUCCCGAAAUUCGGAAAAAAAAAUCCGGAAGAAAAAAUCCGGAGGAAAAAAUCCGGAAAAAAAUAAAUCUGGAAAAAAAAAAUCCCGAAAAGAUAAAAUCGGGAAAAAUUCUGUAAAAAAGAGGGUGUGGGUGUGGGUAUGGGUAUUAUUAGAAGCAUAUUCCCAAACUCCACACCCACACUUACACUCACAACCCCCACCUACACUUAACACCUACACCCACCCACAGCCACGGCCACAGCCACAGCCACACCCCACACCCCACAACCACACCCACACCCACAUCCACACGCCCCAGCCACACACCCACACCCACGCACACCCAAACCCACACCCACCCAUCCACCCACACCCACACCAACACACCCCGCACCCCAAACUUGCUCGGUGUAUGACUCUCUGUUAGCGUUCUUGCUCACGAAGAGCGACGAACACAGUUAACGUGCGUUUGUGGUUUAUUCUCUCCCCUUAUUCUUUCACAAAACAAGUGCUUAUAUACGUACAUGAAAACUAAAGACGAAAUAUAGAAGAAUGCAGCGGUUAAUCAAGGGCAAAGGAAAGAAAUAAAAUACAGAAACGAAAAUAACAAAGAAAAGAGAAUAGAUGGGAUCGAGGUAGAUGUUAUAGAAGAACACACCGUAACACCCUCCUUUCAAUAGAGGGAACUUGUAAACGGAAAGACGUAGUGUAUCAUAUAAUAAAGAAAAACAGAUUGCACGCUACAUGUUGAUCAACUUAUUUGAGGAGACUAAGAUCCUUUACACACAUAAUUUCUUCUUCAUUCGUUCAAUCCAUCGUCCAAUUACUGAAUUCUUCCAAAAUACUUUCGUAUAAGUUUUUGAGGAACAAAUAAAGAUGACAAAUGUCAAAGAUUGUGGUACAUAAUGUAUGAAACUAACAAAUAAAUGAAUAUGUGUCCAUAUUCCAACUUUAGUUUCGAUACAGCCGAUGCGUGAAGCUGCUUGAAAUGAAAUCAAGUUUGUAAGUUGACACAAAAGAAUAACGAAAGGUGGCACAAAAUAUUCAAUGUGACGGACAAGUUCAUUGUAGAAAGAAUGAGGCAUUGUCAAUUGAAAUUGACGUCCUUGGGAAAGAAAAAUUUUUCUUCGUGCAAUACUUAUGAGUACAAGUAGAUUCGCUAUAAAAUGUAAAAAGCUAGAACCAAUCGGAUUGAACCAGGAAGAAAAUAUUUCACCGGUCAAUAGGGAGGGCGUAGUGUUAAAUGUACAGCUGUAACCACUCCCUGACGGUUUCGAUGCGAUUGUUUUCAUUAAUAUAGUUGGUAAUCUUGUAAGUGUGACGGAGAUGAAUAUGAUUACAACAAUUAUUAUGGAAUAUUUUCGUGUUUUUCCAAAUAAUUUAAAGAAGAAUAGUUCCAUGAGAGUGCGUUCAACAGCCAGAAUCGAAGAACACCACAUACAAGCAGCCGUUAUAAUUGUAUUUAUAGUUCCGGCAACGUAACAAUCAAACACAUAUUGGUAGAAAUACGAUUCGGUGACGGUUUUAUUACCGUACAAUGUGAUUAUUAAUCUUGUUGCAAGGAAUAACAUAUUGUAGAAACUACUGAGGGUGAAAGCAAUAAGAUAAAUGCCAGAAUAUGUCUUUCUAAUAUUUUUGCAUAAGAAGGUUUGUAGAGAAAAGAUAUUGUUGAUAAGUCCAAAAAAUAUCCACAAAUUGAGGGUCAGCGUAUAUAGGAGCCGAUAAUUAAUCGAAGAUGUUGAUUGCUCGAUUGUAUUCGCCAUAACAUACGGAUAAUUACGCCAAAGUAAAUUAUCUUCGAUCUCGCAUCUCAUACCAACAAAACAUGGUGGACAGGAACACAAUUUACUUCCAUUAAGAAAACAAUGGCCUCCAUUUAAACAUGUACUGUUGCUACAAUUUACGAUAGACAUCUCGUUGAAGGAACACAUAAAUUUAUCUUAUUGAAUAAAUAUAACUAUGAGAAAAAAAUAAGGUUUCAUAAGGCUUCAAUAAACUGAAUAUUGAAUGGAAUAAAUUAUGAAAAAAAGUAGUACAGAGUAUGAAUAAAUUAACUGUAUGAUGCUCACGUGUCAGAGUUUACUUCCUAGUUUGUCAAUAAAUGGCGUCUAGUUCGAUAAAAUCAUGAUUUUCUUUAUAUGACGCAUAUAUAUAUACAUAAAUAUAUAGAAGAGCGAUUUCUUCUAAAAAUGCCAAUAUUUAUAAUGUAUUCACUGUACUUUUUUUUCAUUGUGGUUGGAAACCUUUGGUCAGCAGCACCGCUAACAACUGAAGCCACAAGUAAAAAUUGUGAACGAUUCCUGCAGUCACGCAUUUUAAAUUCGUUCGGGGGAGGAUGGUGUUCAAGUAACGGAUGCCAUGGGUCGUCUCAAUCUAUGAAUACCGAAUGUAAAGAUCGACUAGCUAAAACAAUGAGAGAGCAAUUUCAAUCAGUUCAUUUGUUUCCCUUUGAAACUACAAUUACGUUUGGUGGUUAUUAUAUGAUACCCAGCCUACUCUGGAAUAACACUGAUGAAUUAAAUCAAUGUCGUCUAGAGAAUUUAAGGCAUUGCGACGAAAGAGAGCAAAUUGGAUUGGAUGAUGAUGAGUUGCACGUUUGUCUAUUUAAUGAACAGCAAAUUUUCAACUAUACUCAGAAUGAACUGGAAACGAAAGUGUUCAAAAAGGUUUUGCCAUUGGAAACUGAAAAUCUUCAACAACUACCUUUUCCAUAUGCAUUCAACGUCACAGUUACGGAUGUUCAGCCCUCAACAUUGUGUGGUACUACCGAGUCGGCUAUAUCCUGCCAUCUAGCAAUUAAUGAUGAUUGUUCCUAUUAUAUGUGUCAUAAAAUUAACACAAAACAAUUGAUUGAAGUAGUCUUUCAAUUCGAGCGAGUUAAUAGUAGAAUUACAAUGAUGUGUCACCAUAAAUCAACAGAAAAGUUGGCCGGGGAAGAUUUUUUAUAUAAUUUACUCAAGCAAAAUGGUGGUAACGGAACUGUCUGUCAUUUUGUAACGAGACAAGCCAGUUUCUUUAUGUGUUGACGUUCAUGAAGAAUUAGAGUCAUUUUAUGAAGUUACCCAAGCGCUUGAAUAUAUUUAACUAUGCUUUUUCUUUAUUUCAGUAAAGAAAAAGGGUAUGGGUGCGGGUGUUGUCAAAAUAGAAUUGUUGGUUUUAGUAAAUUAUAGAAAAGAGUGUGGGUGAGGGUAUUAAUAAUAGUAAGCGCGUGUUGUGUAAGGGUGUGGGUG